AUGCCCCAUUACACACAGGACGAUGUUACCCGUCUCGAAAUGCGAACAAAGCAUUCAGGGCCGGACCAGAUGAUGCAGGCUCUAGCUGUGGUUGUUGGUAUCUUGGAGCGCAAGAAGAUUUCCUACGGAGUAAUGGGAACCAUGAACCUUUUCUUAUGCGGCUCGGGCCGCUCAAUGGGCCGUGUUGACAUCGCGGUGGACAGUCCGCCGCGCAUAGAGGACCUCUUGAGGCUUUUUGACGGACACUGGGCUGUAGGGGUAGCAAAAAUCUUUGUCGAUGUCAAAGGCGCGCUGGUGCAGUUUGACUUGACAACCCAGGAAUCGCUAGCCGCCGUACUUCCCCGCGGCAUUGCGAGAUCAGUUGAGAGAUUUACUCCGAGGACUCGCUUCGCCACAUUUGAGUGCAAACUUCUGGAGAUUGGGCCUGUUGUGGCCACCAUACUCAAAUCGCAUUACAAUCUCAGGGCGGCAGGCGACUAUCAUGACCUGAUUUUUAUUGUUACUUCUCGGAAGUGCUCAUCCCUGGUCAGAGAUGCUUCGGACAACUUCAGGCAGGAGUGGAAAUAUGCUUUCCUGGAGGCAGCUCUCAAGAGGGAUCCGUCAAUGACACAGGCCAUCAGCUGGGCCCUCAACAUGCCCCACGCUUUGUAG